CUUUACUCGAAAAGAAAGCAAGCAAUUCAACUUUGACGGCAUGCGUGCAAAAUUGCAAUGAGUAGCUUUCUUGCAAUAUAUAUUUAACUAAACAAACCAAAAUCAAAAGCAAUCUUCGUGUAUUAUAUAAAUCCCUUGGCCAAAGCACUUGAUGAAGCAUAUCCAAGAUGGCCUCUUCCUAUACUUGCACUCUCUUCAUCCUCAACUUCAUACUUCUCUCACUCUCAACCAUUUCCUCAUUCGAGGACGACUUCGUCGAAACCCUAGUUGCGACGCGGACGGAGAAAACUACUCACCUUCACUUCUACUUCCAGGACCGGCCAGGCGGGAGGAAUCCGACCGCCGUGCAAAUCAUCGCUCGCAAAGGGUUGGGGUUCGGAACAACAUACAUGAUCGACGAUGCACUCACCCGAAGCGCGGAUCGCGGCUCGGAGAUCAUCGGCCGGGCGCAGGGGAUGUACUCGGUGGCGACUCGGAAUGAUCUGGGUCUGUUGAUGGUGGUGAGCUUCUGUUUCACGCAAGGGAAGUACAAUGGGAGCAGUUUGAGCAUGCUCGGGCGGAACCACGUGAUGGACAACGUGAGAGAGAUGCCGAUCGUAGGCGGGAGCGGGCUGUUUAGGUUUGCAAGAGGGUAUGCUUUGGCACAUACCGUGUGGUUUGAUGUUAAGACAGGAGAUGCUACUGUCCAAUACAAUGUCUCUGUCAAUCACUUUUGAAAGUAUCUGCUUAUGCUAAUGUUGGGUUGUUUUCUUUAGCUUUUUUAUGAUAUUGAAAUGAAAUGAGGAGAAUAAAUUUUCUUGCUUUAUUACCACUAAUAAAAUCAAAGUUCCACGA